AUGUCUACCACGUACACAAAGCAUUUUCUCCCGCUUGAGUCGAACCCGGACGUGUUCAACAGACUUAUCCGCUCCCUUGGGAGCUCCCAUUGCCUCGAGUUCCAAGAUGUCGUGUCACUUGAUGAUCCAGAUCUGCUACCCCACCCCGCCCUUGCCUUAAUUCUGGUCUUUCCUACUACUGACCGAUACGAGGACCAACGGGCGGCUGAAGAUGCAACACGCAGCGAUUCCGAGUGCAACACAGAUGAAAACAUUACAUGGUUUAUGCAAACCAUCAACAAUGCAUGUGGACUCUACGGCAUCCUCCAUGCUCUUAGCAAUGGGCCUGCGCGGGAUUUAGUCGUCGAUGAAUGCGCCUCCUUAUUGCCGCACCAGCGAUCUUCAUACCUUGAGAAUUCGCUAGAACUUGAACGCGCGUACAUGGAGGUUGCGGUGCAAGGGAUAUCGACAGUCCCCGAAAAUGCAGAGGACGAAGUGGACUAUCACUUUGUGUGUUUCGUGAAGUCUCACAGAAACGGGCAUCUGUACGAACUGGAUGGUGAUCGGAAGGGUCCUAUUGACAGAGGUCUGGUGCUUGCCCCCGAGGAAGACAUGCUAGCUUCAGGGGGGCUGAGUAUUGUUCGCGAGUACAUUGAACGCGAGCACGGCAACUGUGCAUUUGGCCUCAUGGCACUGGUGAAUACGGCUCAGUGCCCAUGA